AUGAAUGGUACAAUAUCUGAAUCUGAAUAUGCAGAUGUAUUGACCAACCAAAUCACAAGAACAAUAAAUAACCUCCAACAGAAGUUGGAUAUUCUUAAGAAUCAAAUCAAUGAUUACAAAUUAUUACAAAAAUCCAUUGCAUCACAAACACCUCCAAUAUUAAUACACCUAGGUGAAGGAUAUUUUGUUGAGAAAAAUGUAGAAGAAGCGAAUCAGUUCCUAUAUUCCCGAAUCCAGUUAUUCACUUCUACUAUUCAGGAUAUUGAAACUAAGAUUAACGAAGCAAAGAGUACCCGAGAAAAGUUUAUCAAGUUUGCUGAAUUUACCAAAGAAAUGGAUGAUUCACAAGCUGCAAAUGAGGACGAGGGCCAAAAUAAGUUUAAUGAAGAAGGAUUACCAUUUUUAGAUAUUCAAGAGGAAAUCGAUGAGGAUGGACAUGUACUUAAUGUCAAGAUUAAUGAUAUUCCAGUAGAUAUAUCAGAAUCCUCCACCGGCGUCAAAAUAAGUGAAGAGAAGGAAUCGAAAAAUCAACAGGAAGUGGAGACUGUUAUUAGCGGUAACCUGCAAGAGGUAAGUACAACCCCAGCUAAUCAUAUCCAAAAAGACAAGCAUAUACUACCAACUCCAAAAGAAGAUAUUCCCAAGCAACAAGAUAAGAUCCAGUUCGUAGAAGAAUCAUUGGAAGACGAGCCAACUUAUAAUGGCCGCACAUCAGACAAACAGAACCAACAAGACGAAGAAGUAGAGCGAUUAGAAGAUUUGUUACAUGAUAUGGAGCUAGCACCCAAAAAGACAUUAUCGAAAACUCUAGAUCAAGAUGAAUUAUUGAACAAAAUAGAUCAGCUUCAUAUCAACCCUGAAGAAAAAUUCAAUCUCAAACAAAUAUGUAUUGAAGAAAUCAACAAACUUGAAGGGGACGAACAACCAAAGGAAUCUGCCACUAAUGAGAUAGCGAUUGAUCAAAGUGACAUGAUUGAGUUGGAGAUUCUUGCUGAUGAGUUUGACGAUUCUAUGGAUUCAAAUAUGAAUUAUGCUGAUGAUGAAGAAUGGGAAUUCGAAUUCGAUGAAGAUGAAGAUGAAGAUGAAGAUGACGAUGAAUUAGCAGAUGCUUUAUUAUAUGGUGGAGGAGAGAAUAACUUACCAAAUCAUGCAUAUGGGUUAAAUCAAGAUUCAAAUAAUUUAUUGUGGAAACAAAUUAUGAAACUUCGCCAGGGAAAUUUGAAACCGGAAACGGAACCCCCUAUUACAAUUGAGUCUAUUAAGCAAAAGAAAUCUGUUCGGUUUGCUGAGACGUUGGAUAUUAAAGAGGUGGAGAAUAUAAGUGAAACUUUGAGAAACCCCCCUCGAGAUUAUGAUGAUAAUGGGUCAGGAUCAAAAAUGUCAUUGUUUAAACAAAAUAUUAUCAUGAAGGAAAGAUUAGAUCAUAAAAUGGAAGUCCAAGAUAGUAAUGUUGCACAUGAAGAUGAGUUACUAGAUAGUAGAAUUGUCGAAAGUGAAAUUCUUGAAAGAGACCCAGUUAUCGAGGAUUUAAUAAUAGAGAAAGAAAUUGUCGAAAGGAUUCCAGUUAAUGAGGAUACAAUAAUAGAGAAAGAAAUUGUCGAAAGCAUUCCAGUUAAUGAGGAUACAAUAAUAGAGAAACAAAUUGUCGAAAGCAUUCCAGUUAUGGAGGGUUCAAUAAUGGAGAAAGGGAUCUUUGAAAAAAUUCCAACUGUGGAAGACAGAAUAGUAGAGAAUGAUAGUAUCGAAAGGGAGCCAGUUAUGUCCGAUUCAAUAAUUGAAAACGAUAUCAUAGAAAGCAAUGACUUUCCAGGAAAUUCGUCAAACGCAAUAAUUCACGAUAAAAUUGUUGAAAAUCAACCAAAAGAUAUUGCUGUCCUGAAAAUAACCGACGCUGAUUCAAUCAUUGUAGAUAAUCUUCUGGAAUCCCAAAUAUUAGAAGCGAACCCACCAGCAAACACAUCCAAACCAAUUUCUAGAUUCCAAGCAUCAAGAAUACAAUCGCAUAUACCACCUGUGAAAAUUCCAAUCCCUUGUGGUGCAAAUGCAGUACCUGUCCCCGAAACGGAUCCAGAAUCAUCUCCCAAACAGAGCAAUGACGAAGACCAGAGCGGCCAAGAAAUACGAGAAACUCGAUUAGAUUACCAGUCGCUUACAGAUGAUUUAGAUACUAUGGCAAAAGCCUAUGUUUUGGGAAUGUAUGAUGAUGAUAUUGUAACGGAAGGACCCGUAGUUGACAAGAUUGAUGAUUUUGAAAUUUUGAAUAAGAUGUUAGAAUCUAUGCCACUGAAAGAUGAACUGACGAACCGGAAGAUAUCCAAACCAAAGACUGCCAAUGAUUAUGAUUCCAAUUUGAGUGAGAUCGGAAUGGACGGUGGCAUUGAUAGUGAUGAAGAAGGGCAUGAAAUGUUUGAGAAUGACCAUGACGAGGAGGAUGAGGAUGACGGACUGAUCUUAGUUGACGAAAUUGUCGAGAAUGAAAAUGUAGAAGUUGAUAAUGAUGAAUUAGAGAAUGAAAUAUUUCUCCUGGAAAUAAACGAGAAUUACCAUCGAUUAAGAAAUAAGUUAAUUUUGGAACGUAAUGGAUAUAAGAAAUCUCAAAAGGAAUUAGAAUUUGAACCAAUUGAUGAAGAUGGGAAUGAUAUUAAGGUUAGCAGAUUCAAAGCGGCCAGAUUGAGACAUUUACCAGACUUAGAAUAG